AUGGGAAAGCCGAAGUACCUGAAGAAGAAACACGAGGCCGCGGCCGCGAGCACGUCGCCCCCUCCCCUUUCUUCUCCCCUUCCCCCUUCGUCCCCGGCGGGGGAUCUCGCGGGGUCCUCCGCGGCGAUGGUGUCCUUCGCGAAGCCGAGCUACCGCGAGGGCCUGCACGACGUCCUGGUGGAGAAGCUCGACCUCAGCUACCCCGGCGCGCCGCUGCUGGAGAACGGGGUGCUGAACCUGGUGGCGGGCCACCGCUACGGCCUGGUCGGGGCGAACGGCUGCGGGAAGUCGACGCUGCUGCGGGCGCUGGGGCUGCACGAGAUCCCUUUUCCCGCGCACGUCGACCGGUACUACGUCUCGCACGAGGUGGCGGCCUCCGACCAAAGCGCCCUGGAGGCGGUCCUCGCCGUCGAUCAGGAGCGGGAGCGGCUGGAGGCGGAGAUGGAGGCGCUGGCGGUGGCGGACCAGGAGGACGCCGGGGUCCUCACCCGGCUCGACGCGAUCUACCACCGCCUCGACGAGCUCGACGCCUGCACGGCGGAGAGCCGGGCGGGGCGGAUUUUGUGCGGCCUGGGCUUCACCCCUGAGAUGCAGCGCCGCCCGACGCGGGCCUUCUCGGGCGGCUGGCGGAUGCGGAUCUCCCUCGCCCAGGCGCUCUUCAUUAACCCCAUGGUGCUGCUGCUCGACGAGCCCACCAACCACCUCGACAUCGAGGCCGUGGUGUGGCUGGAGAACUACCUCGGCAAGUUCGACCGCAUUCUCUUCAUGGUCUCCCACUCGCAGGACUUCCUGAACAACGUCUGCACGAAGAUCUGCCAUAUGCACCUGCGCCAGCUCACCUACUACGACGGGAAUUACGACCAGUACUGCACGACGCGGCUCGAGAAGGAGAACAACCAAAUGAAGAAGUACCAGUGGGAGCAGAACCAAAUCAAGAACAUGAAGGAGUACAUCGCGCGCUUCGGCCACGGCAGCGCCAAGCUCGCGCGCCAGGCCCAGUCGAAGGAGAAGACCCUCGCCAAGAUGACCCGCGGCGGCCUCACCGACGCCGUCGUGAAGGACCGCCAGGUGAACUUCGACUUCCCCUGCCCCGGCCGCCUGCCGCCGCCGAUGCUGCAGUUUCGCGAGGUCUCGUUUCACUACCCGGGCCGCCCCCCGCUCUUUCAGGACCUCGACCUCGGCAUCGACAUGGACUCCCGCAUCUGCCUCGUCGGCCCCAACGGCGCGGGGAAGACGACGCUGACGAAGUUGAUGGCCCGCGAGCUGGAGCCCGCCGGCGGCUACGUCGCGAAGAACGCGCACUGCGUGAUGGCCCGGUUUCACCAACAUUUCGUGGACCAAAUCAACAUGGCGCUGACCCCUUUGGAGUGGAUGGGGCGGGAGUUCCCGGACGUCACGGAGCCCGCCACCCUGCGCAGCGCCCUCGGCAAGUUCGGGAUCUCGGGGAAGAGCCAAAUGACCGCGAUGCGGACGCUCUCGGACGGGCAGAAGUCCCGCGUGGUGCUGGCCUGGAUGGCCUUCCGCCAGCCGCACUUUAUGAUCCUCGACGAGCCCACCAACCACCUCGACAUCGAGUCCAUCGACGCCCUGGCGGACGCCAUCAACGCCUUUGAGGGCGCCGUCGUCGUCGUCUCGCACGACCUUCGCCUGAUCGCGCAGAUCGCGGACGAGAUUUGGAUCGUCGAUAAGGGACAGGCCAAGCGCUUUGAAGGGGAUAUCGCGGACUACAAAGAACACGUCCAGCGCGAGGUCAAUCGGAUGGUCCAGGACUACGCCGCCAAGUUCUGA